AUUCAAGAUGGGACUAUGGAAGGGUUUUGCAAAUUGAUUUCAUAUUUUGUGACGCAGUGCGAGGUAACCUUUUGUGGCCUCGCGACCUUAUCUAUGGUCCUCAAUGCUCUUGCCAUUGAUCCUGGCAAGCCGUGGAAAGCACCUUGGAGAUGGUUUGACGAGUCUAUGCUCGAUUGCGUGGAUCCCCUGGAGGAAAUAAGAGUCAGAGGAAUCACUCUUGGGAAGCUGGUUUAUUUGGCCCAUAGAGUCGGGGCGAAAGUUGACUCAUAUUGGUCAUGCCAUAGCACUUUGGAUCAUUUUCGCCAUCAUGUGGCCAAAUGCUCAUCUUCUGACAAGUGUUUUGUGAUAUCAGCAUAUCAUAGAAAAGCACUGAAACAAGUUGGAACUGGUCACUUUACGCCUAUUGGGGGCUAUCAUGCUGGAAAAGACAUGGUGCUUAUUUUGGAUGUAGCACGUUUCAAAUAUGCUCCCCACUGGGUCCCACUCACCGUUCUCUGGGAAGGGAUGAAUUGUGUCGAUGAAUCAACCGGGAUAUCUAGAGGGUUCAUGCUUGUAUCAAGGGCUCAUAGGGAACCUGCCAUGCUGUAUACCCUGAGUUGUAAACAUGAGAGUUGGACUAGUAUUGCAAAAGUCCUGGUGAAUGAUGUUCCUGCUCUAUUAAAAUCAGACGAUGUGAAAGACAUGUGUAAGGUUCUUUCAGUUAUAGUCACAUCACUACCAUCCAACUUUGAAGAAUUCAUCAAAUGGGUCGCGGAGAUCAGGAGGGAAGAGGAUAAUGGUCCAACCUUAAGUGAGGAGGAGAAAACACGAGCUGUUGUUAAGGAAGAGAUAUUGAACCAGGUGCGUAGGACCGAACUUUUCAAACAAGUGGCCUCGUUCAUUUCUACAUUUGAUGGACACACACACCACCCUGCCAUCACGGAUGUGUUUACACUGCUUCUAUUCUCCUUACCAUCUAGAACCUGGGAUGGUAUCACAGAUGACAAGCUUUUAAAGGAAAUGCAAAACCUCGUUUCAAUUGACAAUCUACCUCUAUUACUUCAAGAAGAGAUUUUGUUCUUGCGAGUUGAACUUAUUUCGGAUCUUCUCAUGAUCGAUAAUGGUGCUCCUCCUAAAUGAUGAUGCUCCUCCUCAACUGGAAAGAGGUAGUCAGACACAACGAGCAGGAAGGAAAGUUCUUUUGUUGAAGAUUGAAGUAUUGUUUUUUGCUAGAUCCCGUCAUCUUACUGGCCUGAGUGAGAUGCUAAAUCCUUUUGUUUAGGAAAAUGUUUCCCUAAUGUUUGCUCAGACAUAUUAUGUUAAACUGUCUUUUUGAUAUGAGUUCAAACUCAGUCUAGCACUACUGAUUCCAACUAACUCUGUCUUAUAUCUCCAAACUAAUGUGAAUGUGUUUGUAUUGACUCUAAGUGUUUGAAUGUGUUUGUAUUGAGUAGGAAUUUUCUUCAUUUCUUAAAAGAAGAAAUGAAGGGCUCAUUUGCUUUGGUUUCUGGCAUAUAUAAGUAUUUAUUUUAU